ACCAUGGCAACAGAAGAGUCCAUCAUCCGCAUCCCCCCAUACCACUACAUCCAUGUGCUGGACCAGAACAGCAAUGUGUCCCGCGUGGAGGUCGGGCCAAAGACCUACAUCCGGCAGGACAAUGAGAGGGUACUGUUUGCCCCUGUGCCCAUGGUAACUGUCCCUCCACGCCACUACUGCACGGUGGCCAACCCCGUGUGCCGGGAUGCCCAGGGCUCAGUACUAUUUGACAUCACAGGGCAAGUACGGCUUCGCCACGCUGACCUGGAGAUCCGUUUGGCCCAGGACCCAUUCCCCCUAUACCCAGGGGAGUUGCUGGAAAAGAACAUAACCCCACUGCAGGUGGUUUUGCCCAACACUGCCCUCCACCUUAAGGCGUUGCUGGAUUUUGAGGAUAAGAAUGGAGACGACGUGGUGGCAGGAGAUGAGUGGCUAUUUGAAGGACCUGGCACAUACAUCCCCCAGAAGGAGGUGGAGGUCGUGGAGAUCAUCCAGGCCACAAUCAUCAGGCAGAACCAGGCCCUGCGGCUGAGGGCCCGCAAGGAGUGCAGGGACCGGGAUGGCAAGGAGAGGGUGACAGGAGAAGAAUGGCUGGUGCGUUCGGUGGGUGCAUACCUACCAGCAGUGUUUGAGGAGGUUCUCGAUUUGGUGGAUGCUGUGAUCCUCACAGAAAAGACAGCCCUGCACCUCCGGGCUCUGCAGAAUUUCCGGGACUUGAGGGGCGUGAACCGCCGCACUGGGGAGGAAUGGCUGGUGACAGUGCAGGACACGGAGGCCCAUGUACCAGAUGUCUAUGAGGAGGUGCUGGGGGUCGUGCCCAUCACCACCCUGGGCCCCCGCAACUACUGUGUGAUCCUCGACCCAGUCGGACCAGAUGGCAAGAACCAACUUGGGCAAAAGCGUGUUGUCAAGGGAGAGAAGUCUUUCUUCCUGCAGCCAGGGGAGAGGCUGGAGCGAGGCAUCCAGGAUGUGUACGUGCUGUCGGAGCAGCAGGGACUGCUGCUGAGGGCCCUGCAGCCCGUGCAGGAGGGGGAGGAUGAAGAGCAGGUCUCCCACCAGGCCGGGGACCGCUGGCUCAUCCGAGGGCCGCUGGAGUAUGUGCCGUCGGCCAAGGUGGAGGUGGUGGAAGAGCGUCAGGCCAUUCCUCUGGAUGAGAAUGAAGGCAUCUACGUGCAGGACGUCAAGACGGGAAGGGUGCGUGCUGUGAUCGGAAGCACCUACAUGCUUACGCAGGAUGAAAUCCUCUGGGAGAAGGAGCUACCUCCUGGAGUGGAGGAGCUGCUCAACAAAGGGCAAGACCCCCUGGCCGACAGGGGGGAGAAGGCAACGGCCAAGGCCCCACAGCCCUCAGCCCCCCGGAACAAGACCCGUGUGGUCAGCUACCGUGUCCCUCACAACGCCGCGGUGCAGGUGUACGACUACAGAGAGAAGAAAGCUCGCGUUGUCUUUGGGCCGGAGCUGGUGUCGCUGGGACCUGAGGAGCAGUUCACAGUACUGUCCCUCUCGGCAGGGCGGCCCAAGCGUCCCCACGCCCGCCGCUCCCUCUGCCUCUUACUGGGGCCAGAUUUCUUUACAGACGUCAUUACUAUUGAGACAGCAGACCAUGCCAGGCUGCAACUUCAGCUUGCCUACAACUGGCACUUUGAAGUGAGUGACCGGAAGGACACUCAAGAGACAGCCAAGCUCUUCUCAGUGCCCGACUUCGUGGGUGACGCCUGCAAGGCCAUCGCAUCCCGGGUGCGAGGGGCUGUGGCCUCUGUCACCUUUGAUGACUUCCAUAAGAACUCAGCACGCAUCAUCCGCACUGCGGUCUUUGGCUUUGAGACCUUGGAAGCCAAGGGCCCUGACAGCAUAGCUUUGCCCAAGCCUCGGGACUGGGCUGUCUUCCACCAAAAUGGGCUGGUGGUCAGCAGUGUGGAUGUACAAUCUGUGGAGCCUGUGGACCAGAGGACUCGGGAUGCCCUACAACGCAGCGUACAGCUAGCCAUUGAGAUCACCACCAACUCCCAGGAGGCAGCUGCCAAGCAUGAAGCUCAGAGACUAGAACAAGAAGCUCGUGGUCGCCUUGAGAGGCAGAAGAUUUUGGACCAAUCAGAAGCUGAAAAAGCUCGCAGGGAACUCUUGGAGCUAGAAGCUCUGAGCACAGCUGUGGAGAGCACCGGGACUGCCAAAGCAGAGGCUGAGUCCCGUGCAGAGGCAGCGCGGAUUGAGGGAGAAGGCUCUGUGCUGCAAGCCAAGCUGAAAGCGGAGGCCUUGGCCAUUGAGACUGAUGCUGAGCUCCAGCGGGUACAGAAAGUACGGGAGCUAGAAUUAGUCUAUGCCCGGGCUCAGCUGGAACUGGAGGUGAGCAAGGCCCAACAGCUGAGUGAGGUGGAGGUAAAGAAGUUCAAGCAGAUGACAGAGGCCCUGGGCCCCAGCACCAUCAGAGACCUUGCUGUGGCUGGGCCUGAGAUGCAGGUAAAACUGCUCCAGAGUCUGGGCCUGAAAUCAACCCUCAUCACUGAUGGCUCCACUCCCAUCAAUCUCUUCAACACGGCCUUAGGUCUGCUAGGGGCAGGGUCUGAGGUUCAGGCCCCAGUCAGGAAGGUGGCUGGUGGGCCCAGCCCGCAAGAAGCCCUGCUUUCCCAAUGCCCUCCUGCUCCUCAAGCUUUUGGGAGCACCCACAUCGUGCCUUAG